AAUUAGAAGGAUUUUAGAACAAGAAACGAAUGGAAGGCCAGAGAAUAAAUAAGCAAAGCAAGAAAUUAGCACGUCCCUCAUUUUCCGCUACACUCGUAAGACCUUAGCUUCGGAUUACCAUUUCCCCUCCGAAACCUUUACAAAUUUAAACUCCUCGGUUUUACGCCUUCGUAUCCUUUCAAAGCCAACCGCACGUAGAUCCAAUGGCGGAGCACAUCGAGUCGAAGAUGGAGGAGAUCGCCGAGAAGAUCCACCGCAAGUCCUCUUCAUCCUCUUCCUCCUCCGAUUCCGAUGACGACAAGCUCUCUCACGGCCACAAAGUGCCUUUCAAGUCCAAGGUUUAUCGCCUCUUCGGCAGAGAGAAGCCUAUUCACCAAGUCUUGGGCGCCGGAAAAUCUGCUGAUAUUCUUCUAUGGAGGAACAAGAGAGUGUCUGGAAGCGUGCUUGGUGGUGUAACAGCUUUCUGGUUUCUCUUUGAAGUUCUUGAUUACCAUUUAAUCACUCUGAUUUGCCACAUAUUAAUACUCUCUUUAUCAGUCCUUUUCCUAUGGUCCAAUGCUUCUAAUUUCAUCAACAAUUCUCCACCAAACAUUCCAGAAGUUGUGAUAUCCGAGAAGUCUUUGCUUAAAGCUGGCUCUUGUCUGACGACUGAAAUUAACCGAGCUAUGAACGUUGUGCGGACCAUUGCAACCGGCAAACAUCUGAAGACGUUUCUUGGUGCCAUUACUGGAUUAUGGUUUGUAUCAGUUUUGGGGAGCUGUUUCAACUUCUUAACAUUGGUCUACGUUGUGUUCCUUCUGCUGUACACCGUGCCGGUGUUGUACGAGAAAUACGAGGACAAGGUCGAUGCAUAUGCUGAGAAAGCAAUGAUCGAGAUGAAGAAGCAGUAUGUAAUAUUAGAGAAGAAGGUUAUGGCUAUCUUGAAUAAAGAGAAGAAGAAAGAUCAUUAGACGACGUAAAAGGUUAUU